AUGGGGAGAUCGUACCAGCAGGACGGGCUGGUGGCCGUGUGCAUCGACAGGGACAAGAACAGCCCCAAGGCGCUCAGGUGGGCCAUCGACUCGCUCGUCCACAAGGGCCAGACCAUCAUCCUCGUCCAUGUCAACACCAAGGGCACCUCCGGUGGGGUGGAGGACGGCGCCGGGUUCAAGCAGCCGACGACGGACCGGCACGUCAAGGACCUCUUCCUCCCCUUCUGCUGCCUCUGCGCGCGCAAAGACAUCCGCUGCACGAGCGUGGUGGUGGACGGGCGCGACGUGGCCAAGGCCAUCAUCGAGUUCUCGGCGAACGCGGCCAUGGACAAGCUGGUCGUCGGCGCCACCAGCGGGUUGAUCUGGUACAAGGCGUCGGCAGGCGUCGCGGCGACCGUCUCCAAGGGCGCGCGGGACUUCUGCGACGUGUACAUCAUCGACGACAAGGGCAAGGUCUCGUCGACGCGGAACGCCAUCCGCGCCGCGCCGCAGGUGUCGCCGCUCCGGUCGCAGAUCAAAGAGCUCUCGGGCGUUGCGCAAGGCUGCAAGACCCAAGAGCUCUGUUCUUUUGAGGAGCUGCAAGACCCAAGAGCUAUGCUCUGUGACCGCAUCCAACGCCUGGCUGCACAAAUGCAGCAAUCGGAGCACACAUGCCAACAGCUGCUGGAUCAGGUCGAAGAGGUAGCAAGGAAGCAUAAAGAGGAGCUGCAAAAGAUCUGGGACCUCAAGAGCAAGGCUGACAAGGAGAACGCACAACUUCGCCAAGCUUUAUCUCAAGCCCAGGUGCAAAUGUCACAGGCAUUGUAG